AUGGCGCACUCGCAUUCACAGGCGCAGCCUUCUUCCAACGUGAGCGCGCAGGAGUCUUCUUCUGCUGCCUUGCCCAACAACGCUGCCCCCUCUCCUCCUUCAAAGAGAGACCUAGCCAGCUGGUGGAGGCAGUUCAAGAGAAGCACAAAGAAGGAUGGCUCAGUGCUAGCCCCCCAGACUCCCUCUGGCAUAUUUGGGAUCCCCCUCAACGUGAGCAUCAAGUACGCCAACGUGGCCAUCUCUCUCACUGGCGAUGACGGGAAGAGCUUCAUCUACGGAUACGUGCCCAUAGUAGUGGCAAAGUGCGGGGUCUUUUUGAAGGAGAAAGCAACCGAUGUGGAGGGAAUCUUCCGAUUGAGCGGCUCUGCGAAGCGCAUCAAAGACCUACAGGAGAUAUUCAACUCUCCAGACCGCUUUGGAAAGGGGCUGGACUGGACCGGCUAUACCGUGCACGAUGCUGCCAACAUCCUGCGCCGCUACCUCAACCAACUGCCCGAACCGAUCGUGCCCCUAGAGUUCUAUGAGCGGUUCAGGGAGCCGCUGAGACAUCGACAAGGGAGGCCAGACGGCGAAGAGGCCGCUGUCCUCGUCGACAAGGAGCAUGGAUUUGACAGGGAUGCAGCAGUCGCAGCUUACCAGCAGCUCAUCAAGGAGCUCCCGCCGCUCAACAGGCAGCUGCUUCUCUACCUCCUCGACCUCCUGACCGUCUUCGCGUCCAAAUCUGACCUCAACCGGAUGACCGCGGCCAACCUGGCCGCCAUCUUCCAGCCCGGCAUGCUCUCCCAUCCGUCCCACGACAUGUCUCCGCAGGACUACAAGCUCAGCCAGGACGUCAUGGUCUUCCUCAUCGAGAACCAGGACAACUUCCUCUUUGGCAUGACGGGCACCGCCGCCGAUGCGCAGACCGUCAAGAACAUACAGGGAGGGAUGUAUCCGCCCCUGCAGAAGACCACCAUCAGACGAUCAGCCUCAAACGCCAGUGGAGGCGCAGACAGCUUGAGGAAGUACGAAGCUCUCCGCCGGAACAUGUCUGUCUCCUCGAGAAAUUCCAAUGGAAACGUUGCAAGCCCUACCACACCCAACUCCAAUUCAAAGACGGGCGGCAUCGGCCUACAGCGCAGUAACACCGUACCCUCGAAGAGAGCUCCUGGAUUCUCACCCUCGAGCACGUUUACGCGGCAGCAGACGCCAGCUACACCAGCUUCCCUCAGCCUGUCCCCCACACAGAAGGCUCCAGCUUCUGCCGGUUCCAGCAAAGCUCCCCCAGCUCAGGAUAUCACCAAGUUGGCCGAGCACCCAAAGAAGACGUUGGAGCAGCCUGAAAACGGUGUCGCGGUUGCAGAAGCUGCACAAGAUGUGACUGCUGCUGCUGCUGCUACUACCACUACUGCUGCUGCAGAAACCGCCGUCGAGCCUGAUCAGGUAUCUCUUCCUGUUCGGAACGUCGAGGCUGCUCUCCCUAAAGAACCUGUCCAAGUACAACCUGCCGAAGCUGCUCCAUCUCAGCAGCCUGGCGAACCUACCCAUCCCGAUCACACUGUUGAAACCCCCAGACCUCCUCAGCUGGCUGAGCCUAUUGAAUUUACAAAGCCAGCUGAGAAAGCUCCCGCUACCCAGCCUGCUCCUGUCACUGAACCUGCUCCGGCCGAUCAACCAAGCCAGCCCACUUCACCUGUCCCGCAAACUCAACCCGUUCAACCUGUUCAACCUCAGCCUGCUCAAUCUUCUUCGCAGCCUGUCCAGCCUAUUCCAAGAGCCCAACGGCCGACAUACAUUGACGCCCUUCCCCCUCCACAACUUGAUCCAACAACCUCCAACCCGACAAACACCAAACCGUCAACUCCAACCAAAGAGCGCAAGCUAGCCUCUCUAUUCGCCUGGACCAGCCCUCCCAGCGACAAGAGGGACACCAACAAGUUAAAAAAGAAAAGACGCAUCCCAGGCAGCGCGAGUGAAAGCGCCCAAAGCUCUACCGCCUCCCUUCCACCGGGGUCCGAUGAUACUACCACCCUCUUGAAACCAACAACUUCUCACCCCGUAACCUCGAACCCAGACGAUACCACCAUCGACGAGUCCCAUGUCUCUACCCCAAAGGUUCCAAACCAUCCCAUCUCCCCUCCUCCAGCCCACGUAUCGCCCUCUCAAAGCCAGAGCAGCCUAGAUGUGGCUUCCCCUCCGCAUCAACACAACUCUCUGACAGAGCGCAUGCUGAGGCCUCCACGCUCGCGCACACCUUCUCCAAACUCGCACUCUGUGACAGACCAGUCAGACAUCGAAGAGUCUUCCAAAGGCGACAAGAAAGAUAAGCGGCGAAGCUGGCGCUUCCACCUAUCCGGCAAGAAGUCGGAAGAUUAA